UGAACCAAAGGAUUUCUAUGGCCAUGAAGCUUUUGAGCGGAGAUACGCAGCUGGUCUGUGAGUUUGCGCUUUGCCCCCUGGCUUUAGUUUUCUGGAGCAUUCUUGGGGCAAGAGCAUUGGACAAUGGCUUGGCGCGGACUCCUACUAUGGGCUGGCUGCAUUGGGAACGUUUCAUGUGCAACCUUGACUGCCAAGAAGAGCCUGAUGCCUGCAUAAGUGAGCAACUGUUCAUGCAGAUGGCAGAACUCAUGGUCUCUGAUGGCUGGAGGGACGCAGGUUAUGAAUAUCUCUGCAUAGAUGACUGUUGGAUGGCUCCCGAGAGGGAUUCAAAGGGCAGGCUUCAGGCAGAUCCCCAACGCUUUCCUAGUGGGAUCAAACACCUCGCUAAUUACGUCCACAGCAAAGGAUUGAAGCUAGGGAUUUAUGCAGAUGUUGGAAAUAAAACCUGUGCAGGUUUCCCCGGGAGUUUUGGAUCCUAUGACAUUGAUGCCCAGACAUUUGCUGACUGGGGUGUAGAUUUGCUAAAAUUUGAUGGUUGUCACUGUAACAGUGUGGUAUCCUUGGAGAAUGGUUAUAAGUACAUGGCCUUGGCUUUGAACAGGACAGGCCGAAGCAUUGUUUACUCCUGUGAGUGGCCGCUUUAUUUGAGACCCUUUCAAAAGCCCAAUUAUACAGAUAUCCAAUAUUACUGCAAUCAUUGGAGAAAUUUUGAUGAUGUUUAUGAUUCCUGGGAGAGCAUAAAGAAUAUCUUGGCCUGGACAGUCGCUAACCAGAAGGAGAUUGUUGAAGUUGCUGGACCAGGCAGCUGGAAUGACCCAGACAUGUUAGUGAUUGGCAACUUUGGCCUCAGUUGGGACCAGCAGGUUACACAGAUGGCCCUCUGGGCUAUCAUGGCCGCUCCCUUACUCAUGUCCAAUGAUCUCCGACAAAUCAGCUCUCAAGCCAAAGCUCUGCUUCAAAAUAAGGAUGUAAUUGCCAUCAACCAAGACCCCUUGGGCAAGCAGGGGUACUGUUUUAGAAAGGAAAACCACAUUGAGGUUUGGGAACGGCCACUCUCAAACUUAGCCUGGGCUGUGGCUGUGAGAAACCUGCAGGAAAUUGGUGGGCCUUGUCCCUAUACCAUCCAGAUUUCUUCCCUGGGUAAAGGACUAGCCUGCAAUCCUGGCUGCAUCAUCACUCAGCUUCUCCCGGAGAAAUUACACCUAGGCUUCUAUGAAUGGACUUUAACCUUAAAAACGCGAAUAAAUCCCUCAGGCACUGUUUUGUUUCGGUUAGAAAGAUAAACUACUAUAUAGGCAGAGAUCUAUGCUAAAGACCAGACUAUUUCCUGCCCUUCCCUCUAAAAAAUAAAAGUUUCCCAAAGUCAUUGCCCUUAAAAGCUACUUUUCAAUGUAGGCUUUUCAAAUUAAGUGGGUACUCCUGUACAAUAUUCAGAGGGUAGACUAGGAGGGGGACAAAAGUGUGGAAUGUAUUUAAAACAUUUAAAAGUCUCUACUUCAGGUUUUCUUAUAACUUGUAACCCAUGAACAGAUGCUUCCAGUAUCCUGGUUGAUUUUAACCUUCACAACCCUGAAGCGGGUGUUUAUUCACCAUAAUUUUUUUUU